AUGAAGGUUCAUGGUCAAGGAGGAUUCAAGUUCCAGAACUGGGCCAAGACUUAUGGCUGCUCUCCAGAGUUGUACUUCCAGCCCACUUCAGUGGAGGAGAUCCGGGAGAUCCUGGAUAUGGCCAGGCAGCAGAACAAGAGGGUCAAGGUGGUGGGGGGAGGUCACUCUCCUUCGGACAUCGCCUGCACUGAGGACUUCAUGAUUCAGAUGGGGAAGAUGAACCAGAUCCUCAAGGUGGACAAGGAGAAGCAGCAAGUGACCGUGGAGGGAGGGAUUUUCCUCUCGGAUCUGAACGUGGAGCUGAGCAAGCAGGGGCUGGCCCUGGCCAACUUAGGAGCCGUUUCUGAGGUGACAGCUGCUGGUGUGAUUGGGACAGGGACACACAACACUGGGAUCAAGCAUGGCAUCCUCCCCACCCAGGUUGUAGGACUCACACUGCUGACAGCCUCAGGGGACAUCCUGGAGUGCUCUGAGUCCAUCAACGUGGACAUCUUCCAGGCUGCUCGUCUGCACCUUGGCUGCCUGGGCAUCGUGCUUACAGUCACCUUCCAGUGUGUGCCUCAGUUCUACCUGCAUGAGGUGGCCUUCCCCUCCACCCUUACUCAGGUCCUUGAUCACCUUGAUGAGCACCUGAAGAGAUCCCAGUACAUGAGGUUCCUCUGGUUCCCUCACAGCGAGAACGUCAGCGUCAUCUACCAGGAUCCCACCAACAAG